AUUUCCACUACAGUUUAGUGAAAAAAAUCCCCUAUAGCAGAAAAGGUAGAUGAAUAUGGAUCCUAAAAAAGGUCCUCAAUGAAGAUAUAUUGCUUAUGUUAAAUAUUUGUUGCAACCUUAAUUAGGAUUGAAGGUCGCUGAACUCAUUUUGCAGCCUGAAUUUGCUGACAUUCUAUCUGAUUUUUUUUUUUAAAUUGCAAUAUUAUCCAGGAUUCCACAGAUCCCUUUUCCCACUGCGACAUCAGUUCAGUGUUUGUAACCAAAACCAUCGAGCGAGUCAUUUCACCAAUGGCCGUGCAGCUUUGUCACUUGAUCAUUUCCCUGGAAUGUGACAGAGCUAACUACAGUGGAAUACAGUGGGAUUUAGAGCAAAUUGCAGACAAUCUAUCCAAAUCGACCGAACAUUUUGCACACGUAGCUAUCAGGUAAGGCACGUUAGGAUUCUUUAUACCAUGAGGUGUGUAUAAUACUGCACAGACAUCUUUAUUGUUACACGUAGAAUCAUUUACCUGCAAAAGUAAAGGUCUUUUUCGGUCCGCUAGCUUGUCUUUUUGGUUAAUUCUGUUAGUAUUGUAUUAUUUGUAUUCUCUAUUGAAGAAUAAAUAACUAUUUUACAAAAUGGGUCCCGUAUGGUAUUAGUUAUGUAUUGGAAUAUAAACAACCAGCACUUAAAUCAAGACAUAUUGCCACUACCCCACAUGAUAUCCAAGGAUGUAAGUGCAACAUGGAUGAAGGACACCCUGGGUGGGCCAACCUUUGCCCAUCCUAUGCCAGUCCUCAUUGCUUAUUUCUCAGUAAGUAUGCUCUUUGUGAUAGAGAUCUGUGUUCCUGAAGGCACAUAUUCACGUACCUCAGGUUUUAAUACUUUUUACUGUACAUCUGUUCUCAGAAAGUCAUUUUAGAAAAUCACUUUGUUUAUAUAGCUCUAGUCACACAUGUGUGUGACUUACAGCCUUUCUAAACACUUCAUGUAAAGAGAGAUCUAAUGUUUAAGCUUCCUUUAUUGUACAUUUUGUUUAAUUUAUAGUUGAUCUCCUGCACUGUUAAUAGCCUUCUAGACCCUGUCAGAGCCUCCUGUGUGUGAUUAAAGUUAAAUUUACAGAGCAGGAUAUAAAAAAACUUCUAAACUAGGUUAAUAUCUGAUUGAAAAUUAAACCUUUUUUUCUUCAUGUAGGCUGUGUGAAUCACAGCCAAGGGAGGUGUGGCUAGGGCCGCAUAGAAAAAACCAAAAGGGAUUUAACUCCUAAAUGGCAGAGAAUUUAGGAAUGAGACUUCAGAGGCAUGAUCUAUACAACAGAACUGCUUUAUAAAACUAAAGUUGUUUUGGUGACGUGAGUGUCCAUUUAAGGAUCAAUAAUAUUCAUUGAAGAAAAAAAACACAAAAAACAUGGAAACAUAGAAUGUGACGGCAGAUAAGAACCAUUCGGCCCAUCUAGUCUUCCCAAUUUUCUAAAUACUUACAUUAGUCCCUGGCCUUAUCUUAUAGUUAGGAUAGCCUUAUGCCUAUCCCACGAAUGCUUAUCUGUGUUAACCUCUACCACUUCAGCUGGAAGGCUAUUCCAUGCAUCCACUACCCUCUCAGUAAAGUAAUACUUCCUGAUAUUAUUUUUAAACCUUUUUCCCUCUAAUUUAAGACUAUGUCCUCUUGUUGUGGUAGUUUUUCUUCUUUUAAAUAUAGUCUCCUCCUUUACUGUGUUGAUUCCCUUUAUAUAUUUAAAUGUUUCUAUCAUAUCCCCCCUGUCUCGUCUUUCCUCCAAGCUAUACAUGUUAAGAUCCUUUAACCUUUCCUGGUAAGUUUUAUCCCGCAAUCCAUGAACCAGUUUAGUAGCCCUUCUCUGAACCCUCUCUAAGGUAUCAAUAUCCUUCUGAAGAUACAGUCUCCAGUACUGUGUACAAUACUCCAAGUGAGGUUCUGUACAAUGGCAUGAGCACUUCCCUCUUUCUACUGCAAAUACCUCUCCCUAUACAACCAAGCAUUCUGCUAGCAUUUCCUGCUGCUCUAUUACAUUGUCUGCCUACCUUUAAGUCAUCAGAAAUAAUCACCCCUAAAUCCCUUUCCUCAGAUGUAGAGGUUAGGACCUCAAAUAUUCUGUACUCUGCCCAUGGGUUUUUACGUCCAAAAUGCAUUAUCUUGCACUUAUCCACAUUAUAUGUCAGUUGCCACAAUUCUGACCAUUUUUCUAGUUUACCUAAAUCAUUUGCCAUUUGGCUUAUCCCUCCUGGAACAUCAACCAUGUUACAUAUCUUAGUCAUCAGCAAAAAGACAUACCUUACCAUCAAAACCUUCUGCAAUAUCACUAAUAAAAAUAUUAAAGAGAAUGGGUCCAAGUACAGAUCCCUGAGGUACCCCACUGGUGACAAGUCCAACCUUCGAAUAUAUUCCAUUAACUACAACCCUCUGUUGCCUGUCACUCAGAUACUGCCUUACCCAUUCAACAAUAUUGGAAUCCAAACUUAAAGAUUGCAGUUUAUUGAUAAGCCUUCUAUGUGCAACAGUGUCAAAAGCCUUACUGAAAUCUAGUUAAGCAACGUCGACUGCACCACCCUGACCUAUAAUUUUAGUUACCCAAUCAAAAAAAUCAAUAAGAUUAGUUUGGCAUGAUCUCCCUGAAAUAAACCCAUGUUGUCUCUGAUCUAGAAAUCCAUGUGUUUUUAGAUGUUCAACAAUCCUAUCCUUUAACAUGGUUUCCAUCACUUUCCCCACUACUGAAGUAAGGCUUACUGGCCUAUAGUUGCCCGACUCCUCCCUAUUACCUUUCUUGUAAAUGGGCACAACAUUCGCUAACUUCCAAUCUUCUGGGACUACUCCUGUUAACAAUGAUUGGUUAAAUAAAUCUGUUAAUGGUUUUGCUAGUACACCACUAAGCUCUUUUAAUAGCUUUGGGUGUAUUCCAUCAGGUCCCAUUGACUUAUUUGUCUUUACUUUUGACAGUUGAAAUAGAACCUCUUCCUCUGUAAACUCACGUGUAAUAAAUGACUCAUUUAUCCUUUUUCUCAACUGAGGUCCCUUUCCUUCAUUUUCAUCUGUAAAUACAGAACAAAAAUAUUCAUUGAGGCAGUCAGCUAGACCUUUAUCCUCUUUUACAUACCUUCCUUCUUUUGUUUUUAAUCUAACUAAUCCUUGUUUUACUUUUCUUUUCUCAUUUAUGUAUCUAAAAAAAGUUUUGUCCCCCUUUUUUACUGACUGUGCUUUUUUCUCUUGUGUGUGUGAUUUGGAAGCUCUUAUAACUUACUUAGCCUCUUUCUGCCUAAUCUUAUAGAUCAUUUUGUCUUCCUCACUCUGGAUUUUUUUAUAAUUACUAAAAGCUAACUUUUUGUUUUUAACUAUUUUGGCCACAUCUGCAGAGUACCACAGUGGUUUCUUGAAUUUUUUGCUUUUACUGACAAGCCUAAUGCAAUUUUCUGAUGCCUUCAAUAGUGCAACUUUUAAAUAAUCCCAUUUCUCUUGGACUCCAUUUAAAUUGCUCCAGUCUGAUAAUAACUCCUCUACACAUAUUCUAAUUUUAGAUUAAAGUCUAAAACUUUUGUUUUUGUGUGGUGUGACUCAGUCACUGUUCUUAUAUUAAACCACACUGACUGAUGAUCACUGGAUCCUAAACUUUAACCUAUAGUAAUAUCUGAUACCAAAUCUCCAUUUGUUAACACUAAAUCUAGUAUGGCCUCUUUACGAGUUGGCUCCUCAACAACUUGUUUUAGAGACAAUCCCAGUAGUUUAGAAUAUGUGUGCUCCUGGCACAAGUAGCUAUUUUUGUUUUCUAAUUUACAUCAGGAAGAUUAAAGUCACCCAUUAAAGUCACCCAAAAAAAACCCAUUCCCUCCACACAGGCUGCGAGCUCAAGACUGAAGCAUUCUUCAAGCAACAUAGAACUUCAUAAGACCCUGCUGCUUCCCCGAGGCCUGCCUGGUAAAGAUAUUACAUACAUUACCGGGCAAGCCUCAUGGGACUUUGUUUGAGUAAAUUAACCUGUUUAUGUGCAAGUGGCAUUGAACCCUAGUAUGUAAAAUAGAAAAAGUUAAAAUUAUAUUUAACUUUGAAAGAGGAGAUAAUCACCAGAAUUGUCAUAAAAGAGUGCAGAUAUUAAUGUUCUGUUUUCUUGGUUCCUAUUUUUCAAUGUUUUCGGAGAAGGAAUCUUGUUUUCUUAUUCACAGAUGUUUAUAUGUAUUUUAUUUUAAAAGUAAAAGACAUAACAAUGUAGGUUUUCCAUGCAGGCUAAAUGCUCAGUGUGAUGACAAAUGUCUUAAAGAAGAAAUGGAACAAGCUGCAAACGCAGUUCUCAUCAUCGGAAAAAACAUGUUACUGGCCGUCCAGAAACUGUGCAUCCAGCCCAGUGUUCAGAAGCAUCACGAGGAGCUGAUCAUUGCAGCCCAGAGCAUCUUGCUAGGAACCCUAAAGGUGUGAUGGUUGCCCUGUAUCCAGACAUUAGCUAAAGCAGGAAUCAUGGGAAAUGUAUCCAUUUUCACCUUAACUUUUGCUACUCUAUAUUUUGUCAUGUCUCAUCAAUUCCCACGUAGCAAGUAACUUAUAUUGUUGCAAAAACACUCAUUCACUUUGCAUUGUGGUAGAAUUGGAAGUCAAAUUGCUAACUUUUUCCAGUUUAGUAGGUUUGCCAUCUUGGCUAUUUUAGCCUACAAUAUGAUAUUCUGUUUUCACGUCACCACAGUUCAUCGUUUAGUGAGUAACCCCUUAAUAUUUCUGGAGAAGUAAGUGCAAUACAUACAGUGAACUGGUAUUCAAUCAUUAUUACAAUCAGCACAGCACAUUCACACAUGUCUUACUAUACAAAAUGUUUCCAAUUUGUAAUCCAUUUACUUUCAAAAAUCCUCUCCAAAUAGCAUUUAAAAAAAAAAAAAAAUUUCACAAGCAUACACUCUACAUUAUCAUACAUUAGAAAUGUUUAUAGAUCUAAUAACAUUUUCCUGGCUAACCCUGACAACAUGAACAACCGGGUUUGCUCUGCCCGCUAGAUGCCAAUAGGAAUGGAAAACAUAAAUAAAUAAAUAAAAAAUAAGAAGGCCUGUUUGCCACAGAACCACCAGGAUUUUUUUUUCUGUCACACAGUCCAAACGUAAGAAAGGAGCCUGCUUUUGCAGGUAACGAUAUUUAAGGCCCAGCCAAAGUCCAGGUUCUUCACUGAAGACAAUGUAAACAUUACUUAAGCAGAGGUGAUCACUUCUUUUAGUAACUGGUGUUCUGACCUAAUCUCUCUCCUUGAGGAUAUGACAAUGACAGGGGUGGAUCCAGAACCUAAUCUCGGGAGGGGCACUGGUAGAAACAAUCCUGGCACAAUAACCACUACAGCUCUUUGUAGUGGUUAUGGUGCCAGGAGUACCGUGGCACACUCCCAGAGUAAGUAGUCAAACCGUUUAAGAACGGUUUGCCACCUUACCUAGCCCUCGGUCAGGCGCAACUGAUCCAACAGGCACAGCCAAUGCUCAGAAAUUGCUUUUGCCAAUGUUGUAGAGCAAAUGGAAUAAUAAACAUGUUUUUAUUUGAGUAAAAAGGUUGUUUUGUAAAAGUGGCCUAUUAAGCACAAUGCGCCCGAUCCUGUUCUUACUCACAUUGUGCCUGACCGAGGGCUAGGGUCUGCCAGGAUAGGAGCUGUAGUAAGGGAAAAUGACUAUAGUAGGGCAUAUGGGUAGUAGUGUGUGUGUGAGGCGUGUGGUGUGUGUGAGGGAUGCAGUGUGUGUGUCUGUGUGUUUGUCAGAAGGAUGCAGUGUGUAUGUGUGAGGGGUACAGUGUGUGUGAUGGGUGCAGUGUAGGUGUGUAUGUGAGGGGUGCAGUGAGUAUGUGCGCAGGGUGAAGUGUGUGAGUGAAUGGGUGCAGUGUGAGUGUGUGUAGGGUGCUGUGUGUGUGAGGGGUGCAAUGUGUGAAGGGUGUAGUGUGUGUGUAGGGUGCAGUGUGUGUAGGGUACAGUGUGUGUGAGGGUUGCAAUGUGUGAAGGGUGUAGUGUGUGUGUGAAGGGUGUAGUGUGUGUGAGGGGUGUAGUGUGUCUGAGGGGUGCAGUGUUUGUGUGUGUGAAGGGUGCAGUGUGUGUGAGAGGUGCAGUGUUUGUGUGUGUGAAGGGUGUAGUGUAUGAAUGGGGGUGCAGUGUGUGCGUAUAUAGGUGCAGUGUGUGUGUAUGGGGGUGCAGUGCAUGUGUAUGCAGUGUGUGUAUGGGGGUGCAGUGUGUGUGUAUGGGGAUGCAAUGUGUGUAUGUGGAUGCAGUGUGUGUAUGUGGGUGCAGUGUGUGUGUAUUGGGGUGCAAUGUGUGAGUAUGGGGUGCAAUGUGUGUGUAUGGGGGUGUAUGGAGUGCAGUGGGUGUAUGGGGUGCAGUAAGUAUAUGGGGGUGCAGUGUGUGUAUGGGGGUGCAGUUUGUUCAUGGGGUGCCGUGUGUGUAUGGUGGUGCAGUGUGUGUGUAUGGAGGUGCAGUGUGUAAAAGUGUAUGGUGUUAUUGUGUGGGGUGGGGUGGGCAGAUCCAUAAAAAUAUAUCUAUAAAGGUUUUGAUUUUUUGUAUUAAAAAUAUAUAUACUCCCUCCCUUCUUCCCUUUGCUGAGGGAGAGGGGAUAUUUUAGCUCAGGCUAGAGUUCACUCUCGCGAGAUCUGGAGCGUUGCCACGAUAACCGCGGCAAUGCUCCGUUCUCGCAAGAGGAGGACCCGGAGGAGCUACAGGCGGAGCUCCCGGGUCCUCUCUUCCUCCCCCACCGGCUGCCAGCAAAGUGCUCUCUGAUCUCUGAUCUCCCCUCCAGUCCAGCAGGGGAGGGGCAGAGCUUCGGCUCUUUACAAUUUUCUUGGGGGGGAGGGGGAGAGGAAGGACAAUUGCCCUUUGCCCCCCCCCGGAUCCACCAGUUGACAAUGAUACUGGUAAUCAGUGGUGUAUCCUGGUAUCCUGGCUAGGCAGGACAAAACUCGGCGCCCACCCAAACCUUCCCCCCCGCCCCGCCCCGCCUUCUAAAUAUACACACACACACACACAUUCACUGACAGAUACGCAUACACUAGCUAACAGAAACACACUCACACUCACUAAGAGACAAACACACACUCACUAACAGACAUACACACACACUCACUAACAGACACACUCACAGGCAAACACACUCACACUAACAGACACACACACACACACACAGUCAGACACACACACACACUAACAGACACACACUGACUCACUAACAGACACACACACUAACAGAUACACACACACUAACAGACACACACACACACUAACACACACACACUAACAGACACACACACUACACUCACAUUAACACAUUUUUUUUAACCCCCCCCCCCCCCAGCCUCCUUACCUUUGGGAAUGCUGGGGGGGGGGGUUCCCUCUCUUCCUUGGGGUGCAGUGGCUGUUGGGCGGGCGGCUGGCGAGGGAGCACUUCCUCUGAGCUGUCUGCUCAGCUCCCUCGCGCGCCGCAGAGUGAUGCCGGGAACCGGAAUAUGACGUGAUAUUCCGGCUCCCAGCCUCACUCUGCGGCGCGCGAGGGAGUGGAGCAGACAGCUCAGAGGAAAUGCUCCUUCGCCAGCCGCCCGGCUGCCCGGCAUGUCAGUUAGAUGCAAGGCUAACAAGCAUUUGCCCUGGGCAUUUGGGGGCGGCUUUUUUUGCCGCCCCCUGGAAAAUGCCGCCCAAGGCAAAUGCCUUGUUUGCCUCGCGGCUAAAACGUCCCUGCUGGUAAUGCAUAAAAUAACCCACAACACUGGUGUCCUGUGUCCAUAUUGCAUCACUGGUGCUGCCCAAAGGGGGUGGACUCACUCCAGGGGUAGGGGUAGGUCAUACUGAAAAAUUGCCAGGCUACCUGCCAAUCACACACAGUCUGGCCCAGUAUGUGUGGACUAUGCAAGGAGCACUGUUUCAACACUCUCUGCAGGGUCCUAGUGCCACAAAAGCAAAAUAUUGCAGUUUGUUUGCAUGUUCUUAUAUAUUUCUAUGCCAGAUAACAAACUUUCCCUUUUAACAAAUGCCUCACUAUAAUUUACAAAUGCCAUCUUGGGGGAGAUAGCAGUGGUCUAUACAAGAUGCAAGAUUACUAAAAUGUCCAGUCAAUGUACAUAACAAUUUGCUUUUUCAAUAGAUCCUCCAAAUUGAAGAUGAUGCAGACGUACGAAAAAUUUGUCAAGCUGCAGAUUGGGUCCUGGACUGCCUGAUAUUUUUACAGACAGCAGAAAGUAUGUCACACUUAUUAACAUGUUUCCGUGAAUUUUCAGAGGCUUUGCUUUUAUUGAACAGUUUAACACAAAGACGGAUAAUGGACCUCAAAGAUUCCCUACAUCAGGAGAAUUUGUCAGGAACACUGCAAAUUCUCAGAAAGUGCGUCCCAAUGCUAUAUACAGCAACGCAGAGUAAUAUAACACACAAACAAAAUGAGCAAAUGACAGCUUCAAAAAAAUAUGUGUUUGAUCUUGCUGCGAAAACAGUACAGGAGUUGAAGCUUUUGUUGACUAAUGGAAUAAUCAAACAGAGUCAAGUUACCCAAAGGACAACAUUUUCUCAACAGAUACACCUUUUAACUGAGAUACUCACCAAUACAAGACCUUCUGAGCUGCACAGAAAUGACAUUGACUUCAACUUUGGGACCAUAGUUUUCUACUCCAUGUUUGUAGCUGAUUGUUCAAGACCGAAGGUAAAGUCAAGGCUUGUAAGUCACUGUCAACAUAUUUUAGAAUUUCGGAAAAAAAUAUUUGACCACUUAAUAGCAACAAGUGAUAGGUCACCCCAGGCAAAAAAUUAUUUUGAAUUAGAAAAUGUGUGCUACUCUAUGAAAGAUGAGUUGAACUGUCUCAAUGAAACUUUGGUCUCUGCUAUAUUUUAUCUCAUCCUAGAUACAUUUUCAGACGCCAAAGAUCCUUUGAAAAGAUUACUGAAAAAUUCACUAAAGACAGGCAGGAAAACAGACCAUCAUAUUCAAAACCCCUUUGCUUCAAAGUCAUUCCCACCUCUUCUCCAAGAAUUUCACAGUCACGCAAACCAGCUAUUAAAGGUAGCAAGCCUUGUCUCAGCUCAUUGUGCUGAGGAGAAGACCAAAGAGAAAAUUCAAAACUCUGCUGACUACUUACGCAGAGUUCGAGAUGACCUGGUUGCCCUCUUUGUAGGAAUUAGUAAGACUCAUUGUGUAAGUAAAAACUUGGAAUGGUCUCAAUCCAUUUAUCAUAGAUGGGCUCACACGAUAGACAAUUUGCUGAUAAGUUUUGAUGGGAUGGUGUCUGUGAAUACAUUUGUACAAAUGUCUGUUAAGGAAAUUGAGCAGAACAAACGUAGCUGUGAAGAGUUGUUGGGAAGUCAGGACUAUGAAACAUUUCGGCAACAUGCAGCUGAUCUAUGUGGUUUGGUAGUACGUGUUAUACAAGUUGUUAGCCGAUAUGUUGAUCAAAGCAAAGACCCCAUUUUUAGAAAUGGUUUGCGUGUCUUAGUUAGGCAACUGGAUAGCUCCUUGACUGAAACCAAAUCAACCGUAGCAAAAUGCUCAGAAUUUAUCUCAAGUGCUACAGCUCAGAAGUUUUUCUUGGAGAAAACAAAAUGUUUGUUUGAAAUGUUAUAUAAUGUACUAGAGGGAGUAAAUGGCUAUAAGCAUCCAGACUUAAUGAGCCCUUUAAGGACUGAAGUACAUCCCAAUCUUCAAAAACCAUUGUUUAUUGAUUUUUGUGAGUCUAAAGGGCCACCAGACAGCCAAGAUAAGACAUACAAGGACUUUAAUACAUGUUUAUUUUCAAAUGAAGGAUUUUUAAGCAAGCCUCUUCCUUUAUCCUCCUCUCCAAGCAGUGACUCAACGAGGAGCUCAAGUACCAUAAACAACAUGGAGCUUACAGACCUAAAGCUGAUGGUUGAUAACCUAACCAUGGCAGCACAGAAACUAGAUAACAAAGAAGUCUACACAUAUUGUUCUUCUCUUGUUGAAAUUGCCAAAACGUAUAUUGAUACAUCCAAAGAGCUACUCUCUCUCGAUGAGCUAGCGAACUCUGAGACACUGAACUAUAAUGAUAUUGAGGCCCUGGUCUCACAUCUUGUCCAGUUCAGUAAGAAUGGGAAUAUUAACUCGGUUUCAAACAUGGGUAGCCUAAUUCAAGCUGCUGUUUUCCUUUCACAUCGUAUUGAUGAAACAAAACAGAAUCUUGUCUCCAAGGUAAGGUUUUGGUAUGAUUUAUCUUACCAAGUGUUCUGUUCUCCUGAUAGAAGUGAUGUAGCUAGGAAUGUUCAAUUAUUUAGCAGAACUAUGCAAAGCUUAGAAGCAAUUAUUAAGAUAUUAAGUGAAUCUUUUAAUAGCUCUCAACAUGAUGAAGAACCUGCACUGUUCUCUGGAAAUCAAGAAUCCCAUGAUAAAAUUAAAUCUGGAUGGACAAAGUUGCAGGUUAUAGCCAAGUAUUUGUUAUCAAAAGGAUGCUCCACCAGACUUCAAGCAGACAAAGCAAAACUGGACGCCAAGUGUGUGCUCUGGUCAGCUAUUCUACAACAACUAUUAAAAUCUGCAGAUGAGUUCACUGGAGUCACUACUUUAUUUGUUCUUGGGACAAAACAUUUAACCAAUUUAAACAUUAUUGAGAGUAAUAGCCUUGCUCUUUUGUGUGAAACAUCGUUAUGGCUGCAAGAAGCAACAACUUUAUUGACUGCCAACUGUACUGUAGAAGGAGAACAUAACAAUAUUGUCUGUCUAAAAAAACAGGUUGAAUUAUUGACUGAAGCUAUUUUGAAAGCUAGGGACGAUACUCAUACUUCUACAUUUUCAUCUAUAUUCUUAACAGCAGUGAUUGUGCUUCAACAAAGAGAGCUUACAGUCAAGUUGAAAUUACUUAUGUACCAUCUGAAGACAAUUUACAAAAGAUAUCAUAAUUCAAUGCGUAAAGUGGUGGGUAUUGCCAUCUCAUCGGCGAACAUUUCAUUUGGCGACAAGAUAAGCAUAACAGAGAAUUUUGAGAGGGAAGCAAGUUUACUGGUUGAUAAUAUAAAAUUAACAAAACAAAUACUUGAAGACACUCUUCCUUUAGGAAAGCACAAAGACUUAAUUUUUCUGUCGGAACACCUAUUUUUUUUGACUAUCCAUAUUCUGGCGAGGGCAAGGGCUCAUGUUAAAAGCCAAUUAAGUUGGGAAAUGUUUAUGCUAGAGGCGAUUUCGCUAAAUUGGUCAGCCAAAGCCCACCAAUUAAUUUUACACCUUAAGCUGUACACUGACUUAGAUGAUACAACAUUGGUUCUAAUAAAACAAAGUUUGCAAAUGGAUGAGCCUUCUGGAAUGAAAGACAAUCACAGUUCAGACUCAUGUAGUAGUAGGAGUCUAAAAGACUCUUUAGUUGAAAGAAAUGUAAGUGAACAGAAAAAUGUUGUAGAGAAUGAACAGAACCAUUUCAACAAGAAAGAAGAAGAAAAGUCCAUUCAUAUGCAUAGCAAUAAUGUGGUUUAUGAGCAAAAUGCCUCCUGUGGAGACAAACUAAUAGAAACACAUUCAAGAAAAUUCAACAGUGUUUGUCAAGAAAAGCAAUCAAUCAAAAUACAACAAAGUGAAGAAAUACAGCAAAAGCAAUUGAAUGACCCGAAUUCAAGUGUAAUACAAAUAUAUGAGACGUUUAACAGGAUGCUUAAGACGGAUGAUAAUAAUCAAGAGCAGCCAACAAGUGACGGGAAAAUUCUAUCGAACAAAGAACUCGUGCAAACAAUCAAUGAGCAGUCAAAUGUAACCUUUAUUAAGGAUAUGGGAAAUCUACAAAAGGAAUUACCUAAUCAGAAAACAGAGAUCAUCUCUAUACAAGAAAUUACCAAUAAACAAACGGAAGGUUUAAACAAGGAACCAAGAAUAGAAGGCCAUAUAGUGCAAGAUCAAGCCAAUUUUAAACAACAAAUGACAUUUAAUGUGGCAAAACAAGAAUUAACACCUAUUAAAACGCAUGCAACCUUAAAGACGAACAAAAACAUAAAAAGACAAAUACAAAAAGUCAAAAAGGAAUCAAACAUUACUCUCAUUGUACAGGAAAUAGAAAACUCACUGAAAGCAUCAGGAAUUGAGAAACUGGAGACGGCGCCAGAGAAAGAACCCACUAAUGAAUCAAUAGGAAUUUUCAAAGAGCAAUAUGAAGAUGAAACACAAAGAGAAAAAGAAUUAGACAAGAUGGAAAGGAAAAUAACACAUAAGGUACCGCAAAAUUUGGUAUUUGCAAAAACUCAAACAGCUGUUAAAAGAGAUAGACAAGUGAGUGAAAUGAAUGAAAUUGCUCAUAAGGAAUCAAAUUUAACUUUAAUUGAAAAUGAAAUAGAAAGCUCACUGCAAACAUCAACCAAUCAAACGGCAGAGAUAUUCCUUGAGAAUGAAAAUGUCAGUGCACCAAUCAGAGUUUUCAUUGAGAAACCUAGAAAUAGUAUGUGCAGAGAACAAGAACUGGACAAUUCAAAAACACAAAAUAAACCCAAUAGAGUGGAAAGACAUUCAACAUUUGCAAGACCACACACAGCACUAAAAAAAGGUUUGCAUGAAAAAGUUUGUUGGUUGAAAUCAGCAUUGGUUAAAGAAAAUCAGCAAAAUACAGACCGUGGAAAACCUCAAAUGACUUAUUCUGGGGUAAAGAAAAAAGGCACAGUCAUUGGGGAACAGAAAAAGGUAACUCUUAUUGUAUUUUUUCAUAGUGAAACCGAAUUAGGAAGAAAUAUGUGCUAAACCUCCAAAUAUAAAAUAUGUUUUCUGAAUAUUUGCUCAGCGUAGUUCCGAUGCAAAAGCAAUCAGCACGAUAAAUAAGGUUACCAUAAACUGUAAGUGAUUUUCAAUGUUCUUCAGUGGCAGAAUUUGCAGGGGAGUGAUACUUUCAGUAUAUGAAUGAGCUGAAAAGUUUAAUUUAAUUGACAUUGCGAUAGUGGAAUAAAAACAACACUAUGAAGAACGGAAGCGUUAUGGGGGCGAUUCUGGAAAGUGUCAAACCAUUCACAAAUAAGUGAUGAGAUGGUGCCAGAGCGCCCUUAGCACCACUAUAACCAUAACCACUCUAUCAAGCUCUGGGUUUAUUUAACUACAUGAGUAGUCUGGUACAAUAUUUUUGUUUUUUGACUCAGGCAUGUGCCAAAUGGAUUUCUUAUAAUAUAGAUUAUGAAAGGAUCCAGAUUGAGAUAUUACACAAGACUAUAGUAACCCAGACCACUUCAUCUCAAUGCCAUGUCCACCCCAUUUUAACCCUGCAAGUUAAAGGAACACUAUAGGGUCAGGAACACAAACAUGUAUUUCUGAUGCUUUAGUGUUAAAACCAUUAUCUAGCCCCCCUGACCUCCUCUUCCCUCUAAAUAUAGUAACAUUUUGCUUUUGUUCAAGUCUGCAGCUGCUGGCUCUGCCCCUGAUCUGCCUGCUUGGCUGACAUAAUCAGAAGUGAUUCUCUGAGCCAAUCACAAUGCUUUCCUAUAGGAUUGGCUGAGACUGUCAAGGAGACAGAUCAGGGGCACAGCCAGCACAAGUCAAAAACAGCUCUGGCCAAUCAGCAUAUCCUCAUAGAGAUGUGUUGAAUCAAUACAUCUCUAUGAGGAAAGUUCAGUGUCUCCAUGCAGGGGGUGGAGGCACUGAAUGGCAGUGCUGCUCACUGUGUAGCACCCUUCCAGGAAGCACCUCUAGGAGCCAUCUAAGGAGUGGCCAGAUGAAUUAUCCAUAGGCUGUAAUGUAGAACUGCAUUUUCUCUGAAAAGACAGUGUUUACAGCAAAAAGCCUGAAGAUAAUGAUUCUACUCACCAGAACAAAUUCAAUAAGCUGUAGUUGUUCUGGUGACUAUAGUGUCCCUUUAAAACAUUGCCAUUCUGCAGAAUAGCAAUGUUUACCUUGCAGGGUUUAAAUGCCUCUGCUCGCUGUCACUCAGUCAGUCACCAGAAGCGCUUCCUCCAAAAAUCUGAGUAAAACUCUGCUAUUAGAAUCGUAUGGUCUCAUAGAGACUGAUUGACAUUUGGCCAUGCAUGCACACUAGCCUCCCAAUGCUUUUCUAUGGGAAAGCAUUGUAUUGGCUGAGAUAAUCAAUAUCGAUGAUCCAGCGCUGUGAGGGGGAAAAGGUAAGUAAAAUACUUUUUUUAAUCCAUAGAGGUGGGCGCUGGUAAAAUAAAUGACCACCAGGGCGCUAUAGUUCCAGUAAUACACAUUUGAAUUCUUAAUGCUAGAAUUUUUCUUUAAACAAGAAGCUUAAAAGUACCUCAUAGACUCUAACAAGAUUAUUUACUAAAGUGAGAGUUCAAAUAGAAUUCAAGGUAAAUUUCAAAUUUAAGGCCAGAGUAGUAGAACUGAAAGCAUAACUUACUUAGAGAAUUUUUUAAGAUUGUCUAUUUAGACCUUAUAUUUGAAAUCCACCAUAAAAUUGACUUUGAAUUCUCAUUUUAGUGAAUAACCCUACAAUAUUGUACGUAGUUAGAUGUUACAGGGUAUCUGGCUACUACAAUGAGACUGCUGACCCCUACGUUAACACCUGUUGAUUCGGGGGCGUGGCCAACUGAGAGACUGAACGGACGUCUCUAUGCGAGGCUCCGUGCUCGGAAAGCGAAAAAGAGUACUUUGGCCGAAAAAUACAGGCUUACCAGCUACCACAUUUCACCCCACACCAGCAAACACCUGUUGAUUCAUUUAACUUUACUGGGAUUAAGCCCGGGUCCAAGCUUCGAGAAGCAUGGAAAAGGUCUGGAGCCCUAAAACUCCCACAAGGGGUAUCACUGUCACCUCUAAGGAUCCCACCAGCAGCCACAUGGCUUGGACCUUCCCAACGUAGAGACUCAUAUACAGAUGUCUUUUUUGAUUUAAUAAACCUGGAAACGUCUUGUUUGCAAUCUCUUCUAUAAUGUAGCAGAAAAGUGGCGUGAGUCUAAUAUUAUGCAUUGUCCUAGAAGUUGCACAAUAUGUGAUGAUUAAAUCAAAUAUAUUGAUGUCACAUUGUUCUUUUUUUCACCCAACAGUUAAACUGUAGACCACGUGAAGAAACCCAUGCACACAACCAAAUGAUGGCUAAAUGUCCUCUGGCUGAUGAGCUGGAGACUUGGGAGGGUGAGAACAAUGUAGUUGUACAAAUCACCAGAGAAAUGGCAUCACACAUGUCUUUCAUGAUACAGUAUCUUAAUAGAAAAGGACCUAUAAAGGUAUUUGUAAUGGUAACCUGACAGAGUCCAUCUGUUUCUCUUCAGCUGUGUUUAGGCUAGGGCAUUCAUUGAUUGCGAUAGGAUCAUGAUUACACAUAAUGUCACAGAUAGCUGGAGAGAGGCAGAUUGGACAAAAUGAGCUUUAUGAUAGUGAAUUGUCCUGAUUUGAUGACGAAACUAUUUACCGUUCAGUUUUAGAAUUGUCACAUAAUGAUUACGCUGUAGGUAAGACUAUAUAUUGCGCAUUGCCUGCAUAUCACUCCAAUUAUCUAAUAUUAAUAUUUAAAUUGAAAGAUUUCAAUUUUGACAGAUUAAUGUGCACUGUAUAUUCACUUUUUAAAGAUACAUGGGUUUUUUACGUUCUAUAGAUUUUAUUGUCUAAAAUGUUGCGAGACCUUGGUUAUUAAAGGGUAUAUUGAUUAGAUUUAAGUAGAGGGUAUAUACACUUAGAACAUUGUUUCUAAACCUUUUACGGAGAAGUACCCUGGAAAAGUCUAAAAAAAAAAUCAUAAGUAAAGUACCUCUGCCUUGAGAAAGUAAUUUUGAAAUGUGUAGACACUAAUGUUUAAGUUAAUCCCAUAUUGGAGAAAAAAAUCCUAAUUAAAGGUAGUAAAGAACAUUUCUAAAAUAAAUAGGACAUAGGCUCAAAAUUGUGAAUGCAAGGAGGAGUGUAUGAAAUAUUAAUCUGAAGUACAAACAUCCCAAAAUGAAAAUAUAAUACACACAUAAUAGUUACACACAGAGAACACUGAAAGAAACACAAUUACACACAAAGGGCACUGACACACAAACAAAGUUACACACAGAGGAAACUGACAAACACAUGCUCACUGACAGACUGUCACGAUUACUAUAUGACCCAACACGUGAACUAUGUAACACAAAAUGAACAAGGACAAUGUAUACCGGGCCUUAGAAUGGCCGGGCUUAAAGUAAUAAAGAAUGGUCAAAAUACUAGCCGAGGUCAGGGACAUAGAAAGAGACACAACGAGGAAGCAAGCCAAAAAUCAAGGAUACCAUAAAUAAAGGAAAGUCAAAAUACAAGCCAAAGUCAAAUACCAAAAAGAACUAGAACGCACUCAAACCACGACAAGGACACUGACCAAAUGCUAUUUUGAGUUUAAAUAACCCUCCUAAGGUUAUGAUUGGUUGUAUAUAGCCUUUGAGCCCAAAAUGUGCGUGCAUGUUGUUUGCGUGACAUCACAUGCAUGUCGGCGCCAUCUUUGUUGAGGACAGAGGCGGGGCUAUAUUGCUUUGUGGGACCGCAGCGGCCGGCCUUGUAGAUUUAAUAUAAUAAAAUAAAAUAAAACAAAUAAUGAACACUCCUGUUUUUGAAAGUGGAUUGUAAAAUAUGAAUUUUGCAGAGCCAUUACCAAUUCGAAGUAACAAUAAGUCUAAAAAAAACUAAACCAAACUUGUGUUAGAAAACAUUAAAAACCUGUAAUUAUACCUAUAUAAAACACAUUAAAAAGGUGAUAACAUCCCAUAGGGAUAUCAUGUAGGAAAAACUUGAUAUAUUUAUAUUACAAUUACCACCACUGAACGGUAACAGUUUCUGUAUUCUGUGUGUGUCUUGAAUCUUUUGCUUUUAUUGAGACUGUCACUGAUAUUGAGAAAGCAACAAUUUGAUAAUUAAAUUACCAGAAGUAUGAUAUUCUGAUGUGUGAUCGGAGGCCAAAUAGUUAAUUUAUCUAUUUGACUGCAACACGAGCACUCUUUCCUAUACAGCUAUGUUACUUGCCCACAGAUUUCUUUGAUUUGAUUGGCCAUUAAUUAUCAUGUUCUGCCAUGAGUUUAUCAUUAUAGCAAUAAUACUUAUUUAGCACAAAUUAUUUGCAACAGUGUUGAUGAUGAAUUCUUUAGAAGGGAAGUAAUUACCUGGGAUUGUAACUCCAUGGGCGGUUGUCUUUUGGUACAUAUGAACAGCACCUUGAAUAUGCAGCACCUUAAUAAUGCCUGAGCAGGAAAGGGAUGGGGAAUCGUGCUUCCUAGCAUAUAAAAUGGUGUGCUAAAAAUCAUUUGGGAUGGCUCCCAUAGGGACUCUUUGAAUCUUUACUGAGCUGUAGUGGUUAUGGUUCUUAGAGUGCAGAAGUGCAAGGGUAUUUACAUGCCUGGAAUAAUGGAUUUGGCUUUUGUGCCAGCUUUGUGAUUGUCUACAAACUGAGCCAGUCAUAAACCCCACAGGAACUUCUAUUGAUGUCCAUUUCGGAUACACGUUUUGGGAUAUAUUUAGACAAACAAUUUGCAAUGAUAAUCAUAAGAUGACAUAAGGCAGCUUACGUUCCAAAAACUCUUACUAUACUUUUUACCUUCUUUAACAUUAAAUAUGAAUACUUAUAUCCUUUAACUUCACCUCCAACUCAAUACAUACUACUUUAUCUGGUCCAAUUGAAGGUACAAGUCCAAUAUGGAAAUAAGAACAUGUUUUUUUUUCCAUUGAUACGUGGUCUUUACUAGACUAGAGGAUUAAUUUAAUGAGUUCUAUUUUAUGUUGGAGAAGGAGUUGUCCCUGAUGAGAUAUGUUGGCUCAACAUGGCGGGACUACCCUUUCCUGAGCCCAUGAUGGAACUCUAAUUUGAUAUGUUGAAUCCAAAUUAAAUUCUAAAAUGCCAUGAAGUAUGAUGUAUUGUAGCUAUCAAUUCCACUAUUCCCAAUAGGUAUAUGACUAUUUCUUCUUGCAUGCUUUGAAGUGAAUAGCAUGCAUUGAAGUGAUCCACUUUCUUAAAACUGGUUUAUAUGACUGGAGUUAAGGAACAUUAAUAUUAUUUGCAAUACUUUCUCAAUGUAGACCACAGACCAGCUCAUUGCUUCUGCUAAAUGUAUAGCUUCAAAUGGGCAAAAUUUUGUAAAAUUUGUUCGGAUCAUGGUUAAAAACUGCCUAGACAAAAGGAGUUCAGCAGAGCUGCAGUGUGGUAUGGAACAAAUUCAAACAAUUAGCAAUCAACUGAACAUCGUUUCCAGGUAAAUAUUGAUAGAAGAAGACACUUUUGCAAGUUUUUGUAUCACAAAAGUAUUGCUUGAGUUACACACGGUGAUAUUAAAAGGGACGGUCGUUACUUUCGGGAUAGAACACAUUUGCAGAACUUGUGUGGAACCGAUACUUGAGAACAGACUGGAACCAAAUAUGGAAUAAAUGCCUUACUUUUACAUUUAAAUUUAAGAGUUAAAUUACUUUUAUUACCGUGUAUGCAGCUGUCGUCACACCUACCCAGGCUGUGACUUACACAACCUGCAUAAAAAAUAUAUGGUUUCAUACAGGAGGCUACUGCAGUCUAGCAAACAGGAUAAGACAUUAAACAGAAUUUGCAUUAAGGGAAGUGUAAAUAUUAGAUGUUUCUUUACAGGAAGUGUUAAGGAAGGCUGUGUAAGUCACAUGCAGGGAGGUGGGACUAGGACAGCAGAAACAAAGUGAUUAAACUAACCUAAAUGAUAGAGAAUUGAGCAGCGAGACUGUAGGGGCAAGAUCUAUACACUAAAACGGCUUCAUUAGGCUAAAGUUGUUUUGGUGACUACAGUGUCCUUUUAGGUUCAAUCCAGAGAUUUGAUUCCUUGAAGAUUAAAACGGACUGUGUGCCUAACCAAGUUGUCCUUCACUUAACUAGAAAUGGUGAUUCAUUUGAAUACACAUAUUCCAAUGGCUAGAAAAAUACCAAGCCUUCCUAGUGUUCGAAUACUUGAUACAGGACUAUAUUUAUUAAACGAGUAAUGCUACAUUGAAAAGGUACACUCAAAAAUAUAUCUAGGAUGCUAUGUCCCGGGGGUAUCAUGCAAAUUUUCCAGAAGCAAAUUCAGGUAGUGUUGAUUAGUAAAGAAGCUUUAUCCAGCAGGGAGCUUAAAACAAAUUGGAAUUAUUUGUUUUAAAGAUUAGAUAUAAAAUACAUGUUUCCUCUCUGAUACAUGUCACUCGUUAGAAAUUACAUGACAGCAUUUAUAAACCCUUACAAUUAAUUCCUCAUCAUACAAUAUUUAAAUUUGUGUUUUCACUUUUGGAUAAUAUUUUAAGGUCCCAAAAAAUGCACUAUGUGUAGUUAUUAUAUCCAUGAUGUGGCUUUGAAAGAGCAUAUUCAAAACUAUAUAUUUACUGCCAAAAUACACAGUAUGUGCACUAUAUUCAAUAAAGGGACAUUCCAGAUCACUAAUACACUUUAGUUCCCUGAGGUGCUUUAUGUGUGAUAAGUGUGUCCUCUUUUUUUCGGUUUACAAAAAGUGAUUUCAAUAAAAAUUGGUACUUUUAAAUAAACCUUGUUACAUCACCCUGGCUAUAAGUCAGGCAAAAGUUCCUAAUACAUCCUGGUUUGGUUAGCUCAGUAGAGCUAAACUCGAGAAGCAGCAAUUGCUCAGAGCACCUGUAUUGCAAAGACUUCUCAUUGAACUGCAUUGACAAGUCUCUGUUUUGACAGCCACUAAAAGUUUGGCCCGAGGAAGAAGAGGUCUUGAAAAAGGCUGCAGACAACAGAUCUGCAGCUUUUGCAAGAUGUUUUGCAAGAUGUUUUUAAAUAUAGCACCAAUAAAAAAAAAAAUCAUAAUACAUGCAUGCAUGGUUUCAUUGGUGAUAUCUACUAUAUAGUGAUUAGUAAUUUAUUUUAUAUAUUGGCAGUGUAGUCUCCUUUAAAGUGCUAGAAUGUAAUAAUUAUUCUGAAAAGCAUGUAGUAUGAAACUCAUUAUUGUUUUUUUCUCAUCUCCUGUACAGUGUAAAAGCAGCUACAGGAUGUGAUGAUUCCACCGGGGAGGAUGUUUUGGUGAAAAACGCACAGAACCUGAUUCAUAGUGUUCUGCAAACUUGGAAGGCUGCAGAAGCCGCUUGUCUUACGGUGAGCAAACCCAGAUGGUCAAAAAAAUAAAACGUACAAAAAUAAUAUAUGAAAAGAAAGGUUCUAACGUUUUCUAUAGUGCCAAAAAUGGAUUUUCAACUGCUGUAGGUACAAUAAUAAAGCCCUUUACUGCCCUGAUUCAAAAAAAAAAAAAGUAUUUUUUUUUUAAAUGCCUGUUCAAGCAUCAGCGUAAAUGUCUCUUUAACCUGUGAUCACUGCAUUAAUUUAAGAUUUGCUCAUGUUCUUAAAAGUAAACUAUACCUUAUGUGAUAUUGCUUGAUAUUUUCAUACAUGCAUACAGAAUUUCAUGGUUCACUCAUGACAAUCUACCUGCGAAUAAACCUAUAUUUGUAAAAUCCCAAGGAUAGAACUGAUUUUAAGUUAAUUGGCAGCGAUUCAAAGGGUUUAUUCACAAAAUGCCAUGCUGAUCAAAGAGUAGUACUGAGUCUGUGAAAAAUUUACUAGGCUAAUUAUGCCAGAUAAACUCUGUCUUGCAUCAUUUUGGGCAUUGCAGAUACGAGUGGAAAUCAUAUUGAAAGACUGUAAGUUUGCUAAACUUAGGGAAUAGGUCCAAAUUUGGAAGCAGCAGAGUUCUGUCAAAUUCUGCCCCUGAUCUGAGUCAAAUACUACAUUUUCCAUUGGAAAUUGAUCCAUCAAGACCAUUUUGUGAAAAGAGGUCUGCAGCAAUGACUUUUCACCCCUAUAUGGUAGAGCUACUCUUUACAGAUACACAUAGAAUUACUGCAUUACAAAGAAUUUAGGAACAACAAAGUUUGUAGAAUGCCGAUGUGAGUUUCUUAUAUUUUUAUACACAUCACACCCCAUUGCAGCUGAAAUUUCAGUGAGUGAUUAUUAACGGGACACUACAGUCCCCAGAACUGCUACUGCUUAACAUAGUGGUUCUGGUGUCUAUAUCAUGUCCCUGCAGGCUGAAUCUUUGAAAUGCUGCAUUUUAACCCUUAAGGACACAUGACAUGUGUGACAUGUCAUGAUUCACUUUUAUUCCAGAAGUUUGGUCCUUAAGGGGUUAAGAGAAAAGGCAGUGUUUACAUUGCUACCAAGUAACACCUCUAGUGGAAUUCAUUCAGAUAUUUUUUGUUUUCAUGCUGGCUGUGUCAGUCACAGCAAGGGGAGUUGUGGCUAGCGCUGCACAGAAAGAAACAAAAGUGACCUAACACCUAAAUGGCAGAUAAUUGAGCAAACUUGAAGGUCAGACAAGGCACACCAAGGCAAACUCUGCAAUUGUGGAGAAGCACAAGCAAGGAGAAGAUCACAAAUGCCUCCUUCCCACCCACAUUGCACUCCUUCCAUUACCUUCAGUGCAUUUAUUUUCUAUUAGAAAAAACAGGAAAAAGAACGAAGCCUCCCUCGCUGGCCCGGAGCCAGCACGUGCACGUAUGCGUUAGUGUGUUUAUAUGUGUGUGUUGAUGUUUUUGUAUAUCUGUGUAAGUACGUGUGUGGCAGUGUUUGUUUGAAUUAGCAUUCUUCCUAGAAAACACCAACGCAAUAUGCAGACACACCCCAUGUAAUCAAACAUUACAUCCGAACACCCCUGCAUUCAAACUCAAAAAUUAUAUACAAAACCCCUUCAUUCUAACACCAACAAAACACACAAAAGCACACAUUACAUGCAAACACUACACACAAUUACACCACUGCAUUCCAAUGGCAACAGUACAUACAAAUACACACUUUCAUGCACACACACAUACUCUAUGUAAAAACAUGCUUACAUUCAAGCACACCAACACUGCUUACAAGUUCAACACUGGAAGGAUGUGCAAAUGGUAAAUCCCCACCUGGUAUAGCACCAUGAUAGUUUGACAGAUGGGAAUCUACCCUUUGGCCACCCUUGUUUUCGAGGGAACACAAACAUUUUCUUCCACUAGGGCCCUCUCUACAUAUGUUCUGCCACUGCUUUUUUUGUAUAUAGUAAUUACAUAUUUGAGCAAAUUAUCUUGCGUAAUCAGCAGGCAGUCACUGGGGAUAAAGAUCAUAUAAUACACUUCCACUAGGGAGGGACCAGGAGCUGCUGCUGUUCUGCUCUGCUACUUCCAAGAUGGCUUCUUGCUUCUCUCUCCUGUGGGCUCUGGAAUCCCACCACCUCUUGGUGCUAAGAACCAAUGUGGCCUCUGAACAGAGAGGCCAAUAGCACUCAGGGGCAGCUGACGGUGCUCCAUGAAUCACAGCUCAAUGGAAAUCCCUACUUCCUCACAAGAAGGACCCUGCAGAACUGUACCCUAUUACAGAAAUAAAGAAACAUAUCCCGAUAUUUGGCUGACCACCCUCCCCUCUAGAAAAAUAAUCUUAGUGUUUCUAAAGUACUGCAAAUAUUUUUUUCCCACAUACAAAACUGCCCCAUACGAACGGGCCUCCACUGGUGUGCAGUGAAUGAAGGGUGCUGGGACUAUAUAAUUUCUCGUUCUCUCUGGUUACUUACUGCACCCUGCUCAGAGCUCCACUGUCUCCCAUACUGCAUUCCUUUACAGCCAAACUACAAAACUGGUAGAUGGUUGAGGGGGAUUCACAACAUGUAAGGGAAAGAUGUGUUUUUGAAGGGAAAAAAAAAAAGUGGGAGUGAGGUGGGUGCAAAAAAAAAAAUAUAUGUAUUUGAAGACUUUUUUUUUUUUUGGUUCCCCAAUCCCAAUUUUUUUUUUCUUUUUUCAUUUUCCAUACAGUACACAGAAAAAUAUAUAGAAAGAAAAAUAUAAACAAACAAUAUUGCAUGGCAACACAUUAAGACAAACACCUAUGGUUUCUACCAUUGCUUUACUUUUUUUUUUCUUACAAAUUUUUAUAUUUCUCACUUAUACAACAGGGCACUGGAAAUCCAGCAUGUAAUAAAGAAGAGGCAGAUGUUGCGGUUUUCUGUUCUUAUUUACGAAAGAAACUGGGUGAAAGAAGUAAAGAGUUUUCAAGCUUCAAUAUGUGA